ACUGUUUUUCCCAGCUGGCUGCUCCGCGGAACCCAAAGAUUCACCUGUACAAUGCCGAGCAGGUUCUGAGCUGGGAAUCUUCGUCUGCAGGCAAUGACACAGAACCAGUGCGCUACCGGGUGCAGAAUAAAUUCACCUCUAACAAUUGGGACGACGUCAGCCUGGUGAACUGCUCACAGAUCACAGCGACGGAGUGUAGAUUCACCACGGCCAACUUCUCCGGGGGCUUCCAGAAGGACUUCAAUGUCUCCUUGCGUGUGCGAGCCGAGCUGGGAUGCCGUGUGUCUGCCUGGGCAACGGUCCCUUGGUUUCAGCACUUUCGAAAUGUUACCAUCGGGCCUCCAGAAAACAUCGUGGUGACCCCUGGAGGAGGCUCCCUCAUCGUCACGUUCUCCGCUCCCUUUGACACUGGGAGCUCCGCAGAGGCCUCUUUUUCCUAUUACGCCCGCUACUGGGGAAAAGGUGGCACCCAACAGGUUAAAGGCCCUGAAACGAGCAACUCCAUUUUGCUGAAUAACCUGAAGCCGUUCCGAGUGUACUGUUUACAAGUCCAAGCGCAACUGUUUUGGACAACUCCAAAGAUCGUGAAGCCUGGGAAUUUCAGCAACACGUUUUGCCAAGAAACAGCAGCAGACGCCUCCACCAGGCUGCAGCAGAUCAUCCUGAUCUCUGUGGGAAUCUUUGCGUUGCUGCUGGCGCUGACCGGGGGCUGUUUCUUCCUGGUCCUGAGAUACCAAGAGCUGAUCAAGUACUGGUUUCACACUCCACCGGGCAUCCCAUCACAGAUAGAAGAGUACUUAAAGGAUCCCACUCAGCCCAUCCUAGAGGUCUUGGACAAGGACAGUUGGCCAAAGGAUGAUGCCUGGGACUCUGUAUCCAUCAUCUCCUCUCCAGAAAAGGAGGGAGAAGACUUUGAACCAAAGCACUGGUCCAGCCAGGAGACUCCACAGGAGGACAUUGAGCAGGGAAACCGAUGACAUCCAGCCUGGAACCCACAUAGAUCACUCCCCAACUCCUGCCUCAGGAGCCUGCCGUGCUGAGCGUCUUGCGGGAGAAGACAGCUUAGGACUUUUUCUAAGAACUUCCUGAAUCGCCGAGCGUGGUGGCACACACCUGUGAUCCCAGAACUUGGGAG